AUGGAUGAAAAGAAAAAGGAUUUUUAUACCUACGUUGAUAAUAUGCACAAAAAAAAUGAAGAAAUCCAUGGAAUACUGGAUGCUAAAAAAAAAAUAAAAAAAGAAGAGAACAAAAAAAUAGAAGAAUCUGAAAGAAUGAUAAAAAACAACGAUGUCUAUAUAGAAACAAUUGAUGAUAUACACAAGAAUAAUAAGUUAAGUUAUUUAAAUUUAAAAAAGGAAAGAUUUUUACAAAAAAGCAAACUAAUGAAUUUAAAUUCGAUGAUUUCAGAAUUACCUAUUGUUAUGCAGGGUGAAGAAAAGAAAUAUUCUGAGUUCAAACAAAGGUCACAAAGAAAAAUAAAUGAAUUACUAGAAACCCUCGAAACUCCACUUUAUCCAGAAAAUGUUGAUGAUUUGUGGAAUCAAAUAAAAGAAUGCCAAAAAAAUACAGAACAAUUAAAUAAUUCGAUUACGGAGAUGCACAAUGAAUUGAAUAUAGUGAACAAAGAAUAUGUCAAUACUAAAGAUAAAUUUCGAAAUCUGGUUGAACUGGAAAAGAACAAGAAUAAGAAAUUAAAAAAAAUAUCCGCAACACUACAGUUUAUUCAGAAUUUAAAACAAGGAGCGUACAAAAAAGAAAACAAUGAAGGAGAUUUAAAAAAAAAAUUGGAUGAAAUAAAUGAUUUGUACAAAUAG